AUGGCAAAUCACUAUAAUACAAAUGAUUUGACCUCUUUUGUCAAUGAAAACCUGACAAAAUUAGUCCCAGAUCAAAAACAUGCUUUUGAGACUAUAGUCGAUAGCGUGAAUAAUAACAAAGGAAAAAUUUUCUUUUUGGAUGCCCCAGGUGGCACUGGAAAGACGUUCCUUGCAAAUUUGAUAAUUGCGAAGAUAAGACAAUCAGGGAAGAUAGCAAUAGCAGUUGCUUCGUCAGGAAUUGCUGCAACACUCCUAAAUGAUGGAAAAACUGCUCAUUCUACUUUUAAACUUCUGUUAUCAGUAAAUCUUGAACAACAAUCUACCUGUUCUAUCCGCAAAAAUGGACCUCUUGGUAAAUUACUACAAGACGCCUCAUUGAUUAUGUGGGAUGAAUACACCAUGAGCCAUAGAGCACAUAUAGAGGCCGUGGACAGAACCUUAAAAGAUCUUAGAAACUCCUGUGCUCUCAUGGGCGGGAUUACUUUUGUAUUUGCUGGAGAUUUCCGAAAGACACUUCCCGUCAUUAACAGAAGUACGCGAGCAGAUAUCAUCAAGGCAUGCUUGAAAUCGUCCCCUUUAUGGACGACUUCGAUUGAAAAUUUAAAAUUACGAACAAAUAUGAGAGCACAUCUUCAUGGAAUCACAGAUAGUGAUUUUCCACAACAAUUGCUAAAAAUUGGGGAAGGAAUUUUUCCCACACCAAAUUUAAGAGAAAAUUAUGAUGACUUCUGGCUUACUGGCCAGAUAGUCCAUAAUUUAGAUAAUUUAAUAGAUGCAGGUUACCCUGACAUGAAGAAUUUGCACGAAAAGGACUAUCAUUGGUUGUGUUCGAGGGCAAUAGUGUCACCUAGGAAUGAUACUGUCAACGAUAUAAACAAUAUGAUUUUACAAAAAGUUUCUAGCCAAAUAAAAAUCUACAGAUCGAUCGACACCGUCACGAACAUCGAAAACGCAGUGCAUUAUCCACAGGAAUUUUUUAAUUCACUGAAUCCUUCUGGACUGCCACCACACGAAUUGACGUUAAAAAUCGGAAUUCCAAUCAUUCUUUUGAGAAAUUUAAGCCCUCCGAGUAUGUGUAAUGGAAUAAGACUGCUUACUAAGGAAUUAAAGGACAAUUUAAUUGUAGCGACCAUUAUUACCGGCCCGGCAGCUGGUCAGCUAGCUCAUAUUCCGAGGAUACCGAUGAUCCCAACUGAUCUGUCAAUCCCGUUUAAACGGGUUCAAUUUCCGGUGAAAAUAUCUUUCGCGUUGACUAUUAACAAGUCCCAAGGUCAAACCUUCGAAUUAGUAGGGAUCGAUCGACCUACGAAAGGAAUGUUUUACUCAUGGCCAACUGUAUGUGGGCCUAUCACGAGUUGGAUCUGCUGA